GGGCUUGGAGCUCAAGUGGAUGCCAAUCAAAGCAUCAACUUCAAAUUGUAUCUGAAAGAUCAGCCCAGGACCUAAGGGCAGACACAUCAGUUGGAGCUCAAUUGUUGAUCAGAUCACAUCUGAGGGAUUUAGGAGCACAGAAGAGCCGAGAUUUCAGGGGGGACACAAAACAAAACAAAAAAAAGGAGCACCCUUAUCGAAUCGGCACGGCUCAGUCCCCUUCUUCCCCUCCACACACACUCCAUUAGUGAGAGGCUGGCAGAGGAGAGCUCGCUCCGACCCUCACCUCUUCACUUUUCUGGCCGACACCUUGGGCUGCUUCUUCCAUUGCUGUGACGGAAAAAGAAGGAGUCCGGCUCACUCAGAGACAUGUCCUUCCCGCAGCUGGGUUACCCCCAGUACCUCAGCGCCGGACAGGCGGCCGUCUAUGGAGGGGACCGGCAGGGAGUGCUGGCGGCGGCGGCGGCGGCUGCAGCGGCGGCAGCUGCGGGAUCCGGGAGGCCGAGCGGAGCGGAGCUUGGGAGCAGUUCUGCGGCUGCAGUCACCUCAGUGCUGGGCAUGUAUGCCAGUCCUUACAGCACCCCUAAUUACAGCGCUUUCCUGCCUUAUACCACCGACCUCACCCUCUUCUCUCAGAUGGGAUCACAAUAUGAGCUGAAAGAUAACCCUGGUGUCCACGCUGCCACUUUUGCUGCACAUACUGCCCCAGGUUAUUACCCAUAUGGACAAUUUCAGUAUGGCGACCCAGGCCGACCUAAAAACGCCACCAGGGAAAGUACCAGCACAUUGAAAGCCUGGCUGAAUGAGCACAGGAAAAACCCUUACCCCACCAAGGGCGAGAAGAUCAUGUUAGCCAUCAUAACCAAGAUGACCCUCACCCAGGUCUCCACCUGGUUUGCUAACGCCAGGAGGAGGCUUAAGAAAGAGAACAAGGUGACCUGGGGCUGCAGGAGCAAGGAAGAUGACAAUAUCUUUGGGAGUGACAACGAAGGGGACCAUGAAAAAAAUGAAGACGACGAGGAGAUCGACUUGGAAAGCAUAGACAUUGAUAAAAUAGACGAUAACGAUGGGGAACAAAGCAACGAAGACGAGGAUGAUAAACCUGAGCACUUAAGGCAAAGCGAAAAAGAAAGUUUCAAAAAGGAAAGCGAUGUCCUGUUGGCAGAAGCUGAUGGACUUAAAUCAAAAGACCCUUUGUCAUUGACUAAAGAACUUUCUGAAAGCAACAAUACCAGAAUCGUGAGUCCCGGAGGACAGGGGAAUUUACAAGCGUCACCACAUAGCAAACCUAAAAUCUGGUCUUUGGCUGAGACGGCGACCAGUCCUGAUGGUGCCCUCAAGUCCUCUCCUUCUCCUCCUCAAGUAAAUCACACUUCUCCACCUAUCCAGCACCCGGCCUUUUUACCCAGCCAUGGACUAUACACAUGCCAGAUUGGCAAAUUCCACAACUGGACAAAUGGUGCUUUCCUUACUCAGAGUUCUCUGAUUAAUAUGAGGUCCUUGUUAGGAGUAAACCACCACCACGCUUCUCAUCACAACCACCACCACCUCCAGGUCCACCAGCAAGCACCUCUCCUAACAGCCAACUUGGGGUCCCUCAGCAGCGACAAAAGCACAGAGAGGACCAGUCCCAAGCACACAGACAGAGAACAUGUCCCAAGUACCGAUUCCCCUACACAGUUAAAGUCCUCAUUUCAGGCUGCCAGAGAAAACUCCUUGACACAACAAGAGGGAACAGCUCGCAUAUUAACGGCACUUCCUUCAGCCUGAUUGCUAAAUCCUCAGCAGUGAUUAAGAGACUAUUUAAACCUUAUGGACAAUAAUGAAUAUCACAUAAAUGACUCUUCUUGCAAUAAGGCGGUGAAACCCAACCCCCCCCCCCCCCCCUUUCACCCCACCACCACACCAGAAAAAAAAGAAACAUUUAUAAAUCUGUAGAUGGAUUCGUCUCCAUUGUACAAAUUCAGAACAAUUCUAACAAUUCUUGGAAUAUUUUUUUUUUUUUUUUGGGGUAACCUGUUUCCCUCAUGUCUGUUGUUUUCUGUAUAUAACGUGGUCUGAAGUAUGUAAAUAGCGCGUCAACAAAACUUGUCUAAAACAUAUAUUUUUGUCUAAUAAACUAAAUGAAAUUCUAAUCUA